AUGAACAAACUCCACGUCCAUCUACGAUGUAGGUUCUCUAGAAGCCACCAUGCUAUCUCCAAGUUUUACUCUUCAGCCGUAUUUAAAUCACAAUCUCCCAUCGCAGAAAGUAUUGCAAUCUCAUCUCCAGCCUUCGCUUCGCAGAGGAAAGAACCAAACUCAGCCAACCAAGAUGGAGCACACGAUUUCGAAGUGAGACUCACCACUGUAAGCAAUAUUCUAAUAAGAAGAGGCUCGAGCCUGGAGCAGCGAAGCUUUGAGAUUCAUCAAAUGUACUCAAGAAGUGGUGGCAAUUUAGUACAAGACUUGGCUCAAAAUGAGAAACGAAGUCUUCAGAUGCUAGAUAUGAAUUACAGUAGUGAUAAAUAUAGCCUAGCGGUUUAUUCCGCCCUCAACGACGUUUUAGGAGAUACAAUAAAGGACUGGUUGUGGGAAAACGUAUAUGAGUGUUCAAGCACCAGAGCUAUGGUGCUAAAUCAAUUGCUAGAAAGCAUUCAAAAAAAAGAAUAUCUGAGCGCAUUUGAGCUAUUAGUUUUUCUUUUUGAUCUACGCCAUGCCACACAUUCAAAGGUAGUGCUGAAGGAAAUGGACUCGGUCCGGCUGAAAAUUCCACAGGGCAAACGAAUAGCUACGGAGGAUGAAAAAUCCUUGUGCUCCUCUCUUAGCAGUCUAUGUAUCCAAUUUGCACUAUCUUUGGAACAGCCUCUUGUUGCAUGUCUGCUUCUCCAUACAUGUUUGGAAUCCAAUAUUACAAUUGGUUCCACUACAAUUGAGAAAAUUCUCGUGUCUCUAAGCAUAGACCGCCCUUUGCAUUCAAACUAUCAAUCUUAUGCAAUACUCAAAACAAUUCUCCGUCUUAAACCGUCGAUUCUAAGUCCCUCCUUUUACUUCAAGUUGAUCGGAAACAUGUCAAAGGGAAGUAGGGAUCCAUACUUUGCAAACAUUUUAUUCUUGCAUGUUAAUGAGAAGCUUCGGUUUUUUGAAAACGCGCCUGGAAUCGAUAUCUCACCGAUAAGAUUUUUGAUCGAGUGCAACCUUCAAAAUGACAAUAGUCACAGAGCCAGAGAGAUCUGGAAAGUUUGCUAUGAAUACGAUCCUUCUUUUGCAUUGAAAUUUGCCAACUUAUUUAAUCAAUUAUUCAUUGCCACGGAUGACAAGUCAGAGAAAUUGGCUCUCAUCGAAAAUUACCUUCCUUCCGAGCUUUUAACUCAUUCGAGUAUAUUUGGCACCAUUUUAGCAUUCUAUGGUAGAGAUCUUUGCUUCUUGGAUAAUUUUAGAGAUCUUUCGAGUCAUAUUAAUCCACCAGUCAGUCGCUCUUUACUUUCCGUUUUACUUGCAUCUUUUAUUACUCAAGGUAAAGAGAAAGAAGUAAGGCUGUUAAUGAAAGCAAUUGCCGGAGCUCAAGGCGGCUUCUCUUCGCAUGACAUUGAUAUACUUGUGGAGCGCCUCCUCUCACAAUCCGAUCUUAACGGAGCAAUGAAUUUGCUAAUUCAAAACCACAUUACUGCCUCAAAAGAAGGGUAUUUACGGGUAAUCAAGCACCUUUUGGCUGAAGAUUUGCGAGGCUCAGAUGUACCUACAUCUCUUCCUGAUGUAAGUCUUCAAACGAAGAUUGAACAUUCAAUUCCCGAGUUUGACGCGAACUUAACCAAUGUGGCGAGCCAGAGAUCUCAGACACAACCCAUAUAUGCGAAUCCGAUAUUAAAUUUUGCAGCUCAUCAAUUAUCCAUUCUGAAUAGCGACACAGUUAAUGGGGAUUUUACGCUUGCUCUUGUUGAUUAUCUUGGGAAAAAAUAUGGAUCAGGUGUAAGCCGGAGGCUUUAUAUGAACAAAGAUAGAAAGCGCGCGCAGGGAUACACUUUCAACUUCGUGAAAUUCAAUUUGCCUAAAAGGUUCACUGAUCUUCUCAGAAUGAAUGAGAGUAACCACAUUCGUGCCUUGGAAUCCAUUCUUGAGGUGGCAAAAGGAGAGAAUAAUACAGCCUCGAUAAAAUGGUGUGUGUUGGAGCUUCGUAAACUUGGAGUUUUUGCUGAUGAUAUUGCAAAGAACUCAUUUGCUGCCUAG